UCGCUCAAUACGACAACAUCGACAAUUUGACAUCUUGUUCAGUUGUUCUCACUCAUGAAAAGACGUUGCAUACGGAUAGGAUCUUGCCAUGUCGUCUUUCUAGCUAGGGGUGGGCUGGACGAGGGUAAUAUGUUAUCGAACUGCCCGUCUACAUCGAGCUAGGAGACCGGUUCUCAUGAGUUUCUGCCUCGUGCUGCUCCAGAUCUUGACAGCCACAACGCGCCCUCUAAUUUCAUCCGAUCCUCUGAUUUCUGCGCCUCAUCUAUUGAUUUGGUUGGUUCUAGACGUCAAUUCUGGUUUAUUUGGUAUCCUGGAGAUACCCUCCCCUUCCACAGUGGGUAAUAUCGUCCAGCCUCGCUGCCAACGAGACCUUCUACCUAUACAUUUCCCAUAUAUGAAAUCAAGCAAAGUCAACAUCCAGUCCAAGAGCAGAUUAAUCCGCGUCAGUACCUCAAAUCACUGACACUCUCGGGUGCGGUGGCGUGGGUACUUAUCUCGAAAACGGUCAGCGUCCAAAUAUAUUGCAUGUUAGAUAAGUUCACUCGCAUUAUGGCGGAAUAGAUUUGAAUUCCGCGCCUUACUGACGAUUUCACGUACCUAUCCUACCGCAAUAGAAAUCGCAUGCAGCAUAGCCGAACGCCAAAGUGGCCUAUUUUCGCAGAUGGGCCGUGGAUGCAUCUAUCAACAUUCAUCUCGG